ACUGAAGUCACAUUCAACUUCAGAACAGCGAAUAGACAAGAUGCGACAGUUUCUUCUGACCGCGUGUCUGCUGGCUUCCCUGGCGGUGGCUUCGGCUCAAUGACCAAUGCAGCCUUCUACCCCUACGGACCGAAUACUACGGACAUUCUGGACCCACCCGGUGACGACGGCACAUCGGGGGCAGUGAGUUUGACCACCGCAUUUCCAUUUUUUGGAAAUACCUACAAUGAACUCUUUGUGAAUACCAAUGGUGACAUCUCCUUCGGGGGCGCGGUAACGGGGUUCACACCAACCGCCUUCCCCGUGACUAACAACAGGGUCCUCGCCGUGUACUUCACCGACAUCAAGACCAGCAAUGGAGGUCGCUCUGGUUACAUCUACCGUCGGGAAACAACCGAUGCCGCCAUAUUGGCCAGAGCAACCACGGACAUCCAGACAGCCUUACCCGCCGACCAUGGAAGCUUCGAGGCGACCUGGGUCUACAUCGCUACCUGGCAUGAAGUUUCAAUCUUUGGAGCAGGCGGAGCUGGUCUUAAUCUUCGGAACACGUUCCAACUGGUGCUGAUUUCGGAUGGCUGUAAGUCCUUCACCCUGUUUAACUACGACCAGAUCCAGUUCCUACAAGGGAGCACCAACGGUGGAGAUGGGACAACUGGUACAGGGCCGAACCCAGCGCAGGUUGGGAUCAACGGAGGGGAUGGAAUCCACUAUUCGCUGCAUCCGUCUUCGAGGACCACCGAUCUGUACAACCUGCCAACAUGGACCGAUCCGGCUGUGCCUGGACCUCCCGGACGUUGGGUACAGAGGACUGAUCUGGCUCUGACCGGGGACGGUCCAGCGUUAGUGUGCCCAGCCGGGUUCCGCGAGUUCGGUGACGACUUGUGUCUGAAGUUUCAUGUGCAGCCCCUUGAUUAUAAUGAGGCAAUUGCCAAAUGCGCUGAACUGGCACCGGACGGUCGACUCUUCAACAUCCGCAGCCAGGCUCAUAACGAGAUGCUGAUCGGGUUUCUCCAACGCUUCCAAACUCGUACUGGGAGAGGACGCGGUUUUUGGAUUGGUCUGACGGACGUAGGCACCGAAGGGACAUUCAAAUGGGAGGACGAGACGCCAUUUGACACAGAAGGCUACACCAACUGGGCUGAGGGUGCUCUUGAAGAACGUCAAGGCGGGGAACGUGAUUGUGUCUUCAUGAACAAGGAAGACGGCUGGCAGUGGAACAUCCAAAAAUGUGAGACCCGGCGGGAGAGGAAUGCCUUCAUAUGCACAGCACCCAAGGCUCCUGUAGCCUCCGACUGCUAAAGACAUCUCAGAAGUUUAUUACAGCCUUGUAUGUCAAACUGUCCAUCCGUGUUCUGUUGGGUCAAUGUAACUUCAUAAUCAUAACAGCCAUGCCUUCAAGUACGUACCAGAGUUACCAAACUAGGAUUGAUGCGUUUAAAAAAUCGUGCUUUCCCAGAACUAUCGUAGAGUGGAAUUUGUUAUCACCAAGCACAGUAGGGGCAUCUUCUCUGGUUAGUUUUAAAGAACGCCUGCAGAUAGAUGUGCAAAAGUUAGGUAUGACGGGUCGUUCAGUGUAAUAUAACCAGCUGCUGCCGCGCCGCGUGCCUGCAAAGCUGGUAUGUUACGCUGAAGGGCGGUUAUACCGGCUAUAUGGAUACAGAUACAGUCAAAAUUUCAUAGUAUAAUAUCAAUAUCCACCACAUUUCAAAUCGUUGUUUUUAAAAACAGGAUAUUUAGUCGAUCGACGGUGGUUUCAAAUUGGAAUAGAACCCCAAAUAUGGCAAUUUAAGACUACCGACCAUCGACGUGGUAUCCUCAAAUACGCUGUUUUCAAAAACAACGGAAAUAGGUUACCCCGCGAAUAAAGGUGAAUUAAUGUUGACAUUGACCAUGCAGAGCAGGCUAUGAAACAGUUUGACAAGGCUGAUGACAAAAGAAUCGCUGACAACUUCUUUUUUUUUCAUUUUCAAAUCUCUAUAGUAGCAUGCUAGGUAAAAGGUACUGCUUUGUGGAUUUAAACCCUGGCUGCAUGAUACGAAAUCCUUACUGAAAUCCUUACUGAAUCCGUACUUACAGUUUUCUGUGCUUAGGUCGUAUGGGAAAGAUUAAAUGGUUAUCAGCUGACUAGUCCAAAUGUCCGCUUGCAUAAUUGUGUGGCCCAAGGUCAAUGAAAUAGAGAUGGGUGUUGCCUUAUACACUGAGAGGUGCUAAGUAUGGUAAGGGCUUGAUUCAAAGCUUUUAGACUGAAUUCCGUUUUCAACACAAUCAUUUAAAUGCUCACUCAUUCACUCACUCGCUCUCUACCUUACACACACUUACAGUAUGCUUGUUGACAAUCACUGCAACCUAAAUGCUGCUCAACGCUUUUUACCAUUUGUUGUUAUAGUAUUGAAUUCAUAAUCAUAAUCAAAAUGGGAAAUUUCAAGGUUAAACCAUCAUCUAAAACCCAAUAACAAUAGGAAUUAUCAAAUGUCCAAGCAACUAUGUAUGUUAUGACUUUCAUAGAUUCCAUAUAAAUCUUUUUAACCUUUAUUUCACUAUCAGAUUGACAUUUUCAAGGUCAUGUAACCAUGAUGGUACAAAUAGCACUUUUUUUCUUACAGAAACAUUUUUUUUUUGCAUGAGGUUUGUAGGUUGAUGGUGUAUUUACAUGUAGUACUUCACAUGAUGCUAGUCACAAAUAUGUUCAAAAACAUCCCAUGGCAUAUAUAUGUAACUUUUAUCAUGUUCAUAGUUUUACAGAGUCUACAGCAACUGUUUCUAUAAAACUUCUUUAGCAUUACAUUCUUAGGUGUGAUAGUACAUAAUGCAUUACAAGCAGUUCGUAACAUAUAGUAUUAAUUGCAAGUAAUCUUGCUUAAGGAACACUAAAUGGCUUAUAGUACUUAUCAUUAUAAUUAUAAUGCUUAUAAUUAUAAUGUUCAUGAAGUCUACGAAUAUAGUAUCGGAUUAAGGGAUUCCAAGAUAUCUUGAUCAUAAAACUAUAGUUUAAACACAACAUCGUUUUAGAAUAUUCUGUAUCAGGUCUUAAAGUGUAAAGGUGUAUCAUAUCACAAUUAUCACGUAACAUAAUAUAUGUCAUAAAUAUAUCAUGUCCAACAUUUAGAUCAUAAAUGGCAUAUGUCACCUAUUCAAUGUCAGAUUUGAUUAAUUCAUUUUGUUCCAAAUUUCAAAACAAAAACAUGAUAACUAAACAUUCAACCGUUUUGUCAAAUUAUUUGGCUUUAAAUCAUUGGAAAGCAGCAAAUGCAAAGUAGACGUUAUAAGAAACGGACCCCCUUAAAAAAGUUUUGUUACUAAUGUUAUAAGAAUUCAUGGGAAAAUUCCUUUCCUCAUGGGUGUUAUAAAAUGCAUCCAUGUAAUCUUUAAUUUCAUUCUUUUUAAAUACCGUGAAAUUCUGUUAAUUUGGCCUAAUCAUGAACCAACAAUACCAAGUAUUAAUAACUACAACAAGCAAUUCGAGUAUUGUUUAGGUUUGACAUAUGCUAGAAUGGUAAUAACUUUAUUGCACAACAAUUGUAUAAGGAACGUUAAGAAACUUAAGAAUCUAUUUCUUUUAGUUCAUGAUAAUAUCACAUUCUGGUGCCAAUCAAACAUUUUCUUCAAAUCCCAAACUCCUUUCCUGAAGAGAGAAAAAGUCAAGGUCAUUUCCUUCAUCUAAGAAAAGCUAAAUAAACAUUUUCAAGGAGAGAUAAGAAAUUAAAAAUCUCUCCUUGAAAGUUUCUUGAUAAAAACUGGAAACUGUGAAAAAUUUGUCCUUUAGUGUACAAACUGGAAUAAAAAUGUUCAAUUCAAAUCAUAAGUAUUCUAAAUCUACUUCAAACUUCGAUAAGAAAAAGAUGUGUAUGGUGUUUUACUAACCGCAACUUUUAUGGUUUAAAUCCACUGUAACUUUUGGACAUUCUGAAUUUACAAAAAAAUCAACGUUUAACUUUAAAAAUCUAAGGUAAACAAUUAAUUUUGUACCACCUCACACACAUGCCUACCUUCAACCUAUAUAUCCUAUGAAAACUGAAAUUGAAAUCUGCAACCAGAAUGUGAUAUAAAAAUACUCUUUCCAACUAAGCCCUUAUAAUUCUAUUCUCUAGAUAUGUCACACUUCAAAUCAGAUAGCACAAUCAAACUAAAGCACAAUAGUUUUAGAUCUGUCAAAGAUAAUCACAAAAACAAUGUAUCUUUCAAGGUAAAACUAUGACAAAUUUAAACACAGUGUAGAAAACGUAAUCAUUAUAGUAGUUCACACAAGGGCUGGGCAAAGAUGGCUUAAAAAGAUGCUUGAAAAUUUGGAACUUAUUAUAUGCAAGAGAAAUAUCAUCAACAAAGAAACAAUAUUUGGCAUAUUGAAAUACUUGUCAUCUCAACUACCUACAACAACAUAAAAUUAUAUCGCAGUAUAUACAUCUAAAGCAUCAACAUGAGACAUCUUUACUCAGCUCCAUUCCUAAUAUAAAAUGUGACUUAUCUUCUUGUUUUCUUUUAGCAAACUAGUUACCUCUUUUGUCAUUUCAUUUCUUGAUUUCAGUCUUUGACAAUAGAUGUUAU